AUGGGUCAGAGACAGUGCAUUGACAAUCCAAACCCUAAUCACCCAACUCGAAACUAAUUCCGACCUUGAAAUUCAAAAUAUUAUAGAAUGGUACAUUUGGAAUCAAUAUCAACUACAGAGAAUCAAUAAUAGAUCAGGAAAUUUUACAAGUUUGAAUGGAUUGGGAGAACCUAAAUUCAAUGUUGAUUUAACUUCAUUCGAUGAUAAUUGGGGAAGACCACAACGUGAUGGACCAGCAUUAAGAAGUCAAUCAAUUAUGAAAUAUCUUACUUACUUGAACCAGACUGGAUUAGAAAUGGGCAAUGGUUUGAACUCGAGUUUUGUUUAUCAUAAAAUAAUUAAACCUGAUUUAUCUUAUAUUAUGUCAAAUUUUAAAUUUGAAGGAUUUGAUUUAUGGGAAGAAAUUAAUUCAAUUCAUUUCUUUACUGCUAUGGUGCAAUUAAAUUCAUUGAGUUUAGGAAUAGAAUAUUCUCAUGCAUUCAAUGAUACAAAGUUUGAAGAAAUGUUGAAUUUGGCUUAUUUUGAAUUGAAGCAAUUCAUAACUGAUUUUGGAUUUUUAAAUAGUAUAUACAUCAACGAACAUCCAAAGAGUGAUAGAUCAGGAUUGGAUAUUGCUUCGAUCUUAGCUAUAAUACAUACUGACCUUAAUAUUGCAAAUGAGAAUAAAGUAAUGACUACAUUAGGAUUAUUAAGUCAGGCUUUCAAAUCCAUAUAUCCAAUAAAUAAACUACAUGAAUUUGAACUUGGAAACGCACUUGGAAGGUAUCCUGAAGAUAUUUAUGAUGGAUAUGGUACAAGUGAAGGAAAUCCAUGGUUUUUAAGCACUGCAACAGCUGCUGAAUUCAUCUAUAGGAUGAUAUAUAACUUAAUUACAAAAAAGAAAGAUAUAAUCAUAGAUGAAACUAAUGCUGCUUUUUAUAAGAAUAUUGUUGAGGGAGAGGGAGCGUUUAGUUAUGAUACUAAUGAGUACGAUAAGGUUAUAUCUGCUUUGUUGGAAUAUGGUGAUUCUUAUUUGAAUGUUGUUAAGUUCCAUUCCGAUAAAGGUAGAAUGAGUGAACAAUUUAAUAAAUAUACUGGAUUUAUGCAAGGUGCGGAAGAUUUAACUUGGAGUUAUGGUGCUGUUUAUAAUGCUAUUCAUUGGAGGGAAAAUGUUGAACUGGUCAGGAUGCAACAAUGUUCAAAAAAUAAUAUAGCAAAGCUUUAG